AUGACCUUAUCAACAAAAUCACACCAUUCUUCAUUUUCAGAAUCAACAAAUGUUUCACAACCAUCGUCUCCACCAGCUUCACCAAACAUUAAAACAAAGCCCAAAUGGGUCAUUGGUGUUUGUGCAAUGGAUCAGAAGUCAAGGUCAAAGCCAUGCCAAAACAUUCUAAAUAGAUUAAUCCAGCACGGUGAAUUUGAAACAGUUAUUUUUGGAGAUAAUGUUAUUUUGGAUGAAGAAGUGGAGAAUUGGCCAUGGUGUGAUUUUUUCAUUUCAUUUUUUUCACAGGGAUUCCCCCUAAAUAAAGCAAUUCGUUAUGUUAAGCUUCGUAAACCAUUUUGUGUAAAUGAUUUGCCAAUGCAAAAGGUUUUAUGGGACAGAAGGCUUGUGAUGUCAAUUCUUGAUGCCAUUAAUGUUUCUACUCCAUAUCGUGUUGAAUGUUCUCGUGAUAAUGGGCCAAAAAUUGAGCAAGCUUUGGCUGAUAAGCUUUUUAAAGUGUUUGGAAUUAAAACUAAUAUCAUACAAAAUAUUAGUCAACUUAAAUGUAUUGAUGAAGACACAAUUGAUAUUGAUGGAAAAAUUUUAAAAAAGCCGUUUGUUGAAAAGCCUGUAGAUGGUGAAGAUCAUAAUAUUCAUAUUUAUUAUGCAAAAAAUAAAGGUGGGGGUGGAAGACGAUUAUUUCGAAAAAUUGGUAAUAAAUCAUCAGAAUUUGAUCCUGAACUUUCAUUUCCUCGUACAAAUGGUUCAUAUAUUUAUGAACAGUUUAUGGAUGUAGAUAAUGCGGAAGAUGUUAAAGUUUAUACAGUUGGUCCUCAUUAUUUUCAUGCAGAAACACGUAAAAGUCCUGUUGUUGAUGGGCUAGUUCAACGCAAUACAUAUGGAAAGGAAAUUAGAUUCGUUACCAAACUUUCUGAAGAAGAAUCUGAAAUGGCUAAAAAAAUAUGUCAAGCAUUUGGUCAAACUAUAUGUGGUUUUGAUUGUUUAAGAGUAAACGGAAAAUCUUAUGUUAUUGAUGUAAAUGGAUGGUCAUUUGUUAAAGAUAACAAUGAAUAUUAUGACAAUACUUCUCGUAUUUUGCGACAAAUAUUUAUUGACGCUUCUCGAACAAAAAAAUCUAUAACUCCUUCUAUUAAUCAAACAGUUUCUUCAUUGCCAUUAGAACAAAAUUCAUGGCGUAUUAAAGGCAUGUUUUCUGUAUUACGUCAUGCUGAUCGAACUCCAAAGCAAAAAUUUAAAUUUUCUUUUAAAAGUAAACCUUUUGUCGAAUUGCUUCAAGGACAUACUGAAGAAAUAAUUUUAAGAAAUGAACAACUUAAAAUGGUAAUAUCUGCUACAGAAAAAGCAAAAUUAGAAAAAUCCGAAGACAUAGAAAAAUUGAAUCAAUUACAUAAUACAUUGUUAAAGAAAAUAGAGUUUCCCGGAACUAAAGUUCAAAUAAAACCUAAUUAUUCAUCUGAAACAGGGAAGCUUGAAAAACUUCAACUUAUUUUAAAAUGGGGAGGCGAAUUUACACAUUCUGCUCGUUACCAAUCUAAGGAUUUAGGGGAGAAUAUACGAAAGGAUCUUAUUUUAAUGAAUUCAGGAUGUUUUGAUGACGUAAAAGUAUUUACAAGUUCAGAAAGAAGAGUUAGUGCUAGUGCUGAAAUAUUUGCAAUGGCUUUUCUUGAUAAAGAAGAACUUCCACCAGGUUUUCUUGAAGUCCGAAAAGAUCUUUUAGAUGAUUCAAAUGCUGCAAAAGAUAAUAUGGAUAGAGUUAAAAAAAAGUUAAAAACAUUAUUAAGAGCAGAUUCGUCAAUGCGACCACAGUUUACAUGGCCCAAAGAUGUGCCAGAACCUAGUGAAGUUAUGAAAGAAGUAGUUGAAUUGAUGAAGUUUCACCGUACAGUAAUGAAUAAUAAUUUUUCUUUAUUUUCUGAUAAAUUGGAUACAUUUCAAACACGAUGGUGUUGUAAUGAAAAUCCUUUUUUAUUUAAAGAACGUUGGGAGAAAUUGUUUUCUGAAUUUUGUGAUUCUGAAAAGGCGGACCCUUCUAAAAUAUCAGAAUUAUAUGAUACAAUGAAAUAUGAUGCAUUACAUAAUAGACCAUUUUUAGAUGCUAUAUUCUUACCAGAAAACUAUCAUGAUACCAAUAAAACUGACAAAUCUUCUGUUUCCGAUAGAGAAAAUGGAACAUCUAGAGAAAUGUGUGGAUCUAAAAUUUUGCAAGGAUCUGAAAAACUUCAUAAAUUAUAUCGUUUAGCAAAAAUAUUAUUUGAUUUUGUAAGCCCACAAGAAUAUGGAAUUGAAAACGAAGAAAAGUUAGAUAUAGGGCUUUUAACUAGUAUGCCAUUGUUGAAGAAACUUAUUACAGAUAUAAAUGAAACUAAGUCAUCUACACAUGCUAAGUGUUAUUUUUAUUUUACAAAAGAAUCACAUAUUUAUACUCUUCUUAAUUGUAUAUUCGAAAGUGGAAUACCAACUAAAAUAAAAAGAAAUGAAAUUCCUGAACUGGACUAUCUUACACAAAUAAAUUUCGAAUUAUUUGAACGUACUACAAAUUCAGUAUUAGGAACAAAAGAACAUUCUGUCAGAAUUACAUUAUCUCCUGGAUGUUAUUCCCAAGAUCCUUUAUAUAUGCGACUAGAUGCAAAACACUGUAUCAGCGUUGCACCUAGGAAGUCUUUAACAAAACAUCUAGAUUUACAAGAAGUUUGUGGAAAAAUUGAAGAAAAUUUUAAACGAGUUAAUCUUCCUAAAAGAUUUAUACCUCAUGUUUUAAAAUAA